AUGUGGAAAAAUAAUUUAAAUCGAAAUAGAGGGAUUCUAACCUCAACUGAUGAGGAUAGUAAUGAUAUAAAUAAUAACAAUAAUGAUAAUAUUAAUAGUCCAAAUAGUAUUAAAAGUCAUAAAUCAAGUAAAAGUGGUAGUAGUACAAAAACAAAUAAAAGUACAAAAACAAUUAAAUCUGCAUCAUCUUCAUUACAAAGUAGACAAAUUGAUUUAGGUUUUUUAAAGAAAUUAGAUACACUACCCAAUGAACAUUCAGAUGAUUCAUACGAAGAAGAAGACGAAGACGAAGACGACUAUGAAACCCAUUCAUAUGAUUCUUUUGAUCAAAGUUGUGAUGACUGUGACGAGAAUAAUAUAGAAGAUUCAGAAGAUUCAUGUGAAUUGGCAGAUGAUGAAGAUUCUGAAAAUUUAAGUGAAAAUGAUAAUAAUAAUAAUAAUAAUAAUAAUAAUAAUGAUAAUGAUAAUAAUGAAUUUAACUUUGGUGAAGGUGAAGAAGAGAAUAAUGAAGAAAAUAAUGAAGAAGAAUAUAAUGAAGAUAAUGAAGAUAACGAAGAUAAUUAUGAAACUGUAAAUAAAAUAAAAAAACAUGAUGUAUUUAGAAAGAAUCAAUUAAAGAAUAUUUUGGAAUUUGAUGAUACAUUUGUUGGAAAUAAAUAUAAUAAACACAAAACAUUUAAUAAAUUUGCCUAUAACAAUGGUGCCAAAACUUCAUUGGAAUCUAUUAUAGAGAAAUCGGAAUCAUCAAUAACUCAACGUAGUAAUGGUUCUUCACCAAUACCAAAAAGAAAAAAAUCAAUAACUUCAAAUGUUGAUAAUAAUAAUAAUAAUAAUAAUAUUAAUAAUAAUGGAAAUAAUAAUAAUAAUAUUAAUGAUAAUGGAAAUAAUAAUAAAAGUCCAUUUUUACAUCAAAUUAAAAUUCCACAUUCUUAUAAAGAAAAAUUAAUUUCACCUCAUUAUAAUUAUAACAGAACAAGAGGUUCAUUAAAUUUACCGCCUAAUGGUGGUACAUACUCCUCACCAUCAUCAUCUUCUUCUUCAUACUCAUCUAUUAGUACGACAAGUUCAAUAUUUCCAACAUCUCCAAAUAUGGAAAUACCGAGACCAAGAUCAUUACCUCAAACAUUUUCUUCUUCUUCUUCUCCAUCACCAAUUGAUGAUCAUCAAAAACAAGAUGAAUUAGGAAAAUCACCAUUAUUAAAACAAAAACAAAAAGAUGAAGAAAAAAAAGAAAAAGAAGAAAAAGAAGGGAGAGGGAGAGGAGGAGGAGGAGAUAAUAUUAGUAUUGUUGAUUUUAGAGAUAAUAUUGAAAAAGUUAAAAGAAAAGAUAAUAAUAAUGUUUUUAUAAGUAAGAGAAGAGUUAGUUUUGAUCACACAUCAACCAAUUUAAAAGAUCAAGAAAUUUUGGAAAAAUCACAAAAAAAAAAUAUAUUAAAAAAUAAAGGUGGUCAAGAAUUUUAUGAACCUGUUAAAGAAUUAUCAAAAGAAGAUAAAGAGAGGAGAAUGUAUAUAUCAGUGGCAUUAAUAAAAGAUGCCAUUCAUUAUCGUAAUCCAAAUCAUCUUUUAAUGAUGGAUCGAUUAAAAGUUUAUCAAAUUUAUUUUCACCCAGCUUGUAGAUUAUUUUUAUUUUUAGUGAUUAUAAUAGAUUUAAUGUUGAUUUAUUUCGAAUAUCCUACCAAUUAUCCAAUUAGAGGAUAUGGUACACAAUUUAUAGAGUUGGCUUGUGUAUUGGUGUUUUGUUUUGAGUUGGGUUUAAAAAGGUAUGUCUAUGGUAAACCAAUGGAAAAAAAUGUUUGGAAUUGGGUUAAAGCUAUAGUUUUAAUACUGAAUCUUAUAGAUUUAUUGGUUGCUUUUAUAUUGGUUGCUAAUGGUAUAGUUACUGAUAUUAGAAUUUCAAGAUUACUUAGAGUUUAUUAUAUCAUUGAUUAUGAUCGAUUAACUAGAGAUUUAUUUCAUCAAGUUACCUACACUCUAUUUCAAAUGAUACCGGUUGGUGGUGUAUUCUUUACCUAUAUUUUCCUAUCAUCAAUACUUUUCACUAUUAUUUUUUCAAAUGGUACCACCGCUAGUCCAGGUUAUUAUGAUAGUACAUUAACAUCAUUCAAAAACACAAUGGUAUUGGUAACAACUUGUAAUUUCCCUGAUAUUAUGCUACCUGCAUUUUAUACAAGUCAAUGGUAUUCAAUCAUAUUCAUAGUUUAUUUAAUAUUUGGAUUGUAUUUAGGUGUUAAUUUUAUGAUUGCAAUUGUUUAUCAAAGUUUUAGAAAAGCAGUAUUAGGUGAAACUAAAAAUAAUUUUAGAACUAGAAGAACUGCUUUAUUGGCAGCUUUUAUCAUUAUGGAUCAUGAUAAAAAUGGUGUAAUCUCAUUAGAUCAAUGGAGAGAAAUGUAUAAAGAAAUCGUACCAAAAUCAACAUCCUAUGAAGCAAAUGUUGCGUUUGAAUUAGUUGAUACAGAUAGUAAUGGUUAUUUAAAUGCUCGUGAAUUUUUUGCAAUGUGUGAUGUAUUUGUCACUGGUAGAAAAGAAGUUAGAAAAUUAGCUAAAAGAAGAUUAGAACGUGAAAAAAGAAAAAGAGAAUAUCUAAUCCGUAAAAAUGAAAAACUAUUACAUAGAAAAAAAAAACAAAAAAAAAUUAAAAAAGAACAAGAACAAUUACAAGAAAAUGAAAAAGAACAAGUUCAACAACAACAAGUUGAGGAAACAAAUAACCAAAACGAUUUAAAAGAAUUUUUUCAAAAAAGAAAAACAAUUAUUAGAAAACCUAAUGAACCAAAAACUACCAAUGAUCAUUUACCAAUCUUACCACCUGCAACUAUCAAUAGUACUUUACAAGAUAGUCAAGCAACUUGUAUCUCAAUUGGUAAUUCACCUCAAAUUUCAGAUUUAAAUUAUAAAUUGCCCCAACAAAAAAAUGUUGAAAUUUCAAUACCAGAAUCUACAAAAUCAAAUAAUAAUAAUAAUAAUAAUAAUAAUAAUAAUAAUAAUAAUAAUAAUAAUAAUAAUAAUAAUAAUAAUAAUAAUAAUAAUAAUAAUAAUAAUAAUAAUAAUAAUAAUAAUAAUAAUAAUAAUAAUAAUAGUUUUAAUAAUAAAUAUGAUGAUAAUGAUAAUAAUAUAAAUGAUAAUAAUAAUUAUAAAAAUGAAGAAAAAAAUUUCUUAGAGGAUGUGGAUAAUGAUGGUGAUAAUGUCUCAAAUGAGAUUAAUCAAGAUAAAAAUAGUAUUGAUGAAUUACCACAAUCACAAAAACAUCAAGAUAAAAGUUUAGAGAAAAAACAACAUAUUCAUAUACUACAUCAUAAUCAUAGUCAUAUUCAUCAUCACCAUCAUCGUCAUAAAAAAGAAAUUGAAUUUAAAGAAGUUUCUCGUUUUCAAUAUAUUUAUGGUUAUAUUAUAAAUUACAAUUUAAAAAUAAUUACAAAACAUUGGAUUUUUGAAUUAUUUGUUUCUUUAAUGUUAUUUUUUAAUGCAAUAAUCAUUACAAUGGUAAUGGUUCAUUAUAGAAAUUUAUAUGUCCCAAAGUGGACAAUCAUUUGUGAUGAUAUUUUAUUAGGAAUUUCAAUUGUUGAAGUUUUUUUAAAAGUAAUUUCAAAUAGAAAGAAAUUCAUUUUUUGGAUUGGUUUUAAUGUUACCAUAGUUUCAAUCUCAUUAAUUGGUAAAAUCGUAUUGGAAUAUGCAUUAAAAUCAAUAACUAAAAAUAGUUUAAAUUUAUUAAGAGUUUGUUGUGCUUUUAGAUAUAUUAGAUUAUUAAGAUUAUUAUCAUCAACUAGAAAAAUGAGACAUUUUAUGCAAUCAUUAGCACAACUAUCACUUAUAUUCCUAAAUUUUAUUGGAAUUGUAUUGGUAAUUUAUUAUAUUUUUGCAGUUAUUGGAAUUUGGGCUUAUAGCGGUCGUUUUUAUCGUGGCAAUCCAGCUUUAGUUGGCACAGACUAUGAUACUUUUAAUUAUUAUGGAUAUGCAAAUUUCGAUACAUUCAUUAGUUCAAUGUUUACAUUAUUUCAUUUAAUGGUUUUAAAUAAUUGGUUGGUUACAUUUUAUGCUGCAAUCGAUGUAUCAAGUGCAUGGGCUAUAUUAUAUUUUUGUUCUUUCUACUUCAUUCUAGGUAUUUGUGUUUUAAAUUUAGUUGUUGCAUUCUUAAUUGAAGCUGUAAACUAUACAAAUAAUUUCUUUUAUUCAAAACGUAGAAAGUUUUCAAAUCAAAGUUUAGAACAAUUUAAAAAACAAUUUAAAGUGAAAAACAGUAAAAAAGGUAUUCAAGAAAACUCAAAUCAAGAUAAAAUUAAAAAUAAUAAUAAUAAUAAUAAUGACAACAAAAAUAAAAAUAAUAAUAGUAAUAAUAAAAAUGAUAAUAAAAAUAAUAAUAGUAACAAUGAUAAUAAUAAUAAUGAUAAAAAUCGUAGUGACAGCAGUAGUGAUGAUAAUGAUGGAAAAGGUAGAGGUGGAGGUGGUGGAGGUGGAGGCGGAGGUGGUAGUGGUGAAAAUAGUUUUGGAUUUAAUCAUCUUGGUUCAAUAAAUGGGUCAAUAUUUACAAAUGACGAAUUAAAAUGUUGUGAUAUUGACGAUAGAGGAGAUUAUCGUUUACCAAUACAAUCAUUAAGAAAUGAUGGUUCAUUAAAAUUUUUAGAUAUGACACAUAACCAUUUUUCUCCACCAACUAAAAAAGCUCAUAAAAAGAUAUCACCUGAAACUAUUAAAAAAAAUUUCGUUGGUUUUGAAGAAACUAAAAAAGAUUCAAAUGUAAAUCCAACUAGGGGCGACUAUUCCAGUAUUGAAGAUGUUGAAGAAUUUAUACCACAAGAUUAUUUAUUAGAACAAAUAAAAGAUUUAAAAACUGAUAGUGGUUUAGGAUAUGUUAGUGAUGAUGAACUCAAUGGAACUCAACAUCAAACAUUUCCAAAAUAUUCAAGUGAUAUUGGUAGUGUAUUUAGAAAGGAAUAUAGUCAAAGAAGAAGACAAUCAAUUAGACAUAAUUCAUUAGGUCACAUUUUAAAACCAUCUGAAUCUCA